CACUCGCAUGGAGCAAGUUCUCCCGCCGCUGUAGGCGGAAUUCGUGAGGGGCAGUGGGGAAUGGAUGGACUGCUCCUGGUGGAACAUGAACCCAAUGCGCAAAUCGCUCUCAGCACCGUCUCAGCACUGAAGAAGUUUUCUGCCAUCGUUUGGGAUUAUUAUUUGUACCCGCUGACGCUUGAGCACAGCUCAAAAUGAGUAACAUCUACGAGUCCGCAGCCACCACGCUGGGGCUCGUCAACAGCCCCUGCCUGACCAAAGUGGAGCUGCGUGUAGCCUGCAAAGGAAUCUCAGACAGGGAUGCGCUGUCCAAACCAGACCCCUGUGUGGUCCUUAAGAUGCAGUCCCAUGGACAGUGGUUUGAGGUGGACCGGACGGAGGUGAUUCGCAGCAGCAUAAGCCCCGUCUUCUCCAAGGUCUUCACAGUGGACUAUUACUUUGAGGAGGUGCAGCGUCUACGCUUUGAGCUGCAUGACAUCAGCAGCAACCACAACGGGCUCAAAGAGGCGGACUUCCUGGGAUCCAUGGAGUGCACACUUGGACAGAUUGUGUCUCAGAGAAAACUGUCCAAAGCUUUAUUGAAACAGGGCAACACGUCAGGCAAGUCUUCUAUAACGGUCACAGCGGAGGAACUGUCUGGGAAUCAUGACUAUGUGGAGCUCGCGUUCAGUGCUAAGAAGCUAGAUGACAAGGAUUUUUUUAGCAAGUCAGACCCAUUUCUGGAAAUCUUCAGAGUCAAUGACGAUGGCACUGGAUCCCUGGUGCAUAGAACCGAGACUAUCAUGAACAAUCUAAAUCCUGUGUGGAAAUCGUUCAAAGUUUCGCUAAACACGCUCUGUAGUGGUGAUCAGGAGCGAGAACUAAAGUGUACAGUGUGGGACUGGGACUCAAAUGGAAAGCAUGACUUCAUUGGAGAAUUCCAGACUACCUUCAAAGAGAUGAAGGCAGCUAUGGAGGGAAAACAGAUUCAGUGGGAAUGCAUCAAUCCCAAGUAUCAAGUGAAGAAGAAGAACUACAGAAACUCUGGGGUGGUGAUGCUGACCCAGUGUAAGAUCAUAAAGAUGCACUCGUUUCUGGAUUAUAUAAUGGGCGGUUGUCAGAUCCAGUUCACAGUGGCGAUUGAUUUCACCGCCUCAAACGGUGACCCACGGAACAGCUGCUCUCUACAUUACAUCCACCCAUACCAGCCAAACGAGUACCUUAAAGCACUGGUGGCCGUGGGCGAGAUCUGCCAAGACUAUGACAGUGAUAAAAUGUUUCCAGCAUUUGGCUUUGGAGCGCAGAUCCCACCUGACUUCAAAGUCUCUCAUGAUUUUGCUGUGAACUUUGAUGAGGACAACCCAGAGUGUGCUGGUAUCCAGGGUGUUGUAGAAGCCUAUCAGAACUGUCUACCUAAGAUCCAGCUCUACGGCCCCACUAACAUUGCCCCAAUCAUCCAGAAGGUAGCUAACUCUGCCUCUGAGGAGAUGCACACCAAGGAGGCCAUGGAGUACUUCAUUCUGUUGAUCUUGACAGAUGGAGUGAUCACAGACAUGGCGGACACACGGGAGGCCAUCGUUCACGCCUCUCACCUGCCAAUGUCUGUCAUCAUCGUGGGCGUGGGCAACGCUGACUUCAGUGACAUGCAAAUGUUGGAUGGAGACGACGGAAUUCUGCGCUCUCCCAAAGGAGAACCCGUCCUCCGAGAUAUUGUCCAGUUCGUGCCCUUCCGUAACUUCAAACAUGCAUCUCCCGCGGCGUUGGCGAAGAGUGUUCUGGCUGAGGUGCCCAAUCAGGUGGUGGAUUAUUACAACAGUAAAGGCAUAAAGCCCAAAUGUCUGUCAGACUUUGAGUCUUCCAGAGCUUUCAGUCCCUGAACCAAGCGCACAACCAACUGUGGGCUUGCAGACGAGUAACACCUGCUGGUGAUUUUCAAAAUCAUUGUAUAGAAUGUUUCUGAGUAUUUUAGAACUUGUUGUUCUAAAAUAAGUUGUUUUUGAA